AUGGAGUUCGCCGCAACGGCUUUUGGCAUCAGCGUGCCUUCUAUUGUGAAGCUGCUCAAGUACGAGUGGUUCCUUGACAAGACCGUCAAGGACGGGGUGGCGAGCCUCCAGUCGGAGCUGAGGAGCAUGCUGACUUUCCUUCAGGAUGUCUCCUCAUUGCCGCCGGAGCAGCUCAAGCCGCACGUGAGGAACCAUGCCUUGGCGGUCAUUAAGCUGAGGUAUGAUAUCGAUACAAACCUCGAGUCCUUCAGGGGGCGCAUGGAGGCGACCGAGGGCGCCUCUGUCCCUCUCGUGAGCAAGGGGCUUAUUAACCAUCAGAUGGAGAUCUACAUCCAAGAUACACGAAUCAAGAUUAAGGAAAUCCAUGAACUUCAUGGCAUUUAUCCUUCCAAAGAUGACAUGCAAAUGGACAACCGGGAAUCCAACCCGCCUGUUGGCCUAGUCGGGGCAAUUGACGAUGUAACCAAGAGGCUGUCCAAGGCUGAUCUUGUCUCCAUUGCCGGGAUGGGAGGGAUGGGCAAGACCACCCUAGCUCGAGCAGUGUACGACAAGAUGAAAAAGGAGGGGGAUUUCGAUUGCAACGCUUUUGUUCACAUCGGCGAGACACCUGACAUGCACAAGAUUCUUGAGGCCAUCUCCACGCAAGUUCAAGACCAGAUGAAAAAAGACCAUGUGAUGAGCAAUGAAGACCAGGUGGGAAAAAAAGAUGAUGAGGUGAAAAAGCUCCCCAGGGAUAAGAGGUGCUUAUUCGUCCUUGAUGAUAUAUGGGAUGAGGAAACUUGGAACUUGGUUAAACAUGUUUUUAUGGGUAGUGUUGGAAGUAAAAUCAUCAUCACCACUCGUAACCUUCAAAUUGCCAAAGAAAUAGGUGGCGAUGGUUACGAGUUAAAACCACUUACCCUUGAGGACUCUGGAAAAUUACUUCAAACCAAAGCUCAACCUAUUACCCGUGAUGACCAAAUAAUGUGGCAUGAAAUUUUGCGCAAAUGUGAUGGUGACGUAAACAGGGUACUAUCUAGUAGCUAUCGUGAUCUACCACCUAAAAUCAAGGAUUGUUUGUUGUACCUAAGCCUGUUCCCGGAAGGCCAUUGGAUCGAGAAGAAUAUGUUGAUAUGGAUGUGGGUAGCAGAUGGCCUUGUUGAUGGAGGGUCAUUUGAGCUGGGGGAGUCCUACUUCAAUGAGCUAUUGGAUAGGAGCAUGGUCCAGUGGGCGGUGAGCCCUGGUGACAUUGGGCAAGGUGGUUGUCGCGUCCAAAAUUUGAUGCUUGCCCUCAUCCGCGACCUGUCAAACAUCGAGAAUUUCUCCACUGUGCUAGACAUGAAGCAGGGGAGCACAUCUCAAACCACACCCAUUCAUAGACUAGCCAUCCACCAAAAAAUCAAUCGACUCCCUAGCCAAGAAGUGGGGCUGGUGCGGUCAUUUGUUGCCAGCACGUGCCCCGGUAGUAGUAUGCCCCCACUCUCCAAGUUUGCACACAUGCGUGCAAUCGAUCUGGAGGCUUGUGAUUUAUCCAUCCGUGAAGUGAAGCGUCUCGGGGAGUUGGAAGAGUUGAAGUAUGUUGGGCUUGUCGGCACACCUGUAGUCGAGUUCCCAGCAGGAAAAGGAUCCUUCAAGGUCCUAGAGACGCUCGAUGUGACGGGGACCGGCAUGAAAGUGCUGCCGCCGUUCGUGGAGGAUCUAAGGAAGCUGAGGUGCCUGCGUGCUGGCAAGGGUACGACGAUGAUGGGCCGAGUAGGGAAGCUAACGUCCUUGGAAGAGCUAUGGCUGCACUCGGCGGACAAGUCCCCUGAAUUCGUGGCCGAGCUCCGGAAGUUGACCGAGCUGCGGGUGUUGGUACUCCACUUCGACAAGGUGGACGAGAGCAUGCAGAAGAAGCUGGUGGAAUCCCUGGGCUAUUUGAAGAAGCUCCAGGUCUUGCAGAUUUGGUUCGACACAGAGGGAAAGGGGAAGGUUCGCCUCGACGGCUGGGAAGAAAAUGUGGUUUACCAGAAGCUCCACCAGCUGCUACUGUUCGGGGCAAUUCUUUCCGAGAAGACACCGUGGGUUCACCACGGGUGUGCCCCGGGACUCUCCAGGCUACUGCUGCAGGUGGAGACCCUGACGGCGGGACACAUGGAGGUGCUCGGGGAGUUGCAGUCGCUCCGCUCCCUCUACCUCCACAGCGAGGACAAGUACCGGCUGUCGUUCAUCGCCCGCGAGAAACAGUUCCCCGUGCUGGAAUACCUCAACACCAACAUAGAGCUAAUAUGCGGAGACGGGGCACUGCCGAAGAUUCAGGAGCUGGAGAUCGGUGGCAUCAGGGUAGGGAUUGACGCUGGCCUUCGGGGGAAUAUGCCUCUACUCGAGAAGGCCACCUACCACCUCGACUGCAAGGGUUGUGGCUUCGCGGAGGUUUACAAGGCAGAGGAAGAGCUAAGGCAGGCGAUGGAAGGCCGCCGUAUAGCCCUCUCCAUAAAGAGAUGGAACAACUUUCAGUUGGAGAUGCAGCAUCAAUUCAUUAGGCCACUGAUGAGGGCAUUCACGGGGGCCUUGGAUGCAGGAAGAGUAGGCAGCCCUGCGUUUUUCGAUGCACUGUCGGAUUCUUUAGCUGGGGUUAUGCAAGCAAUGGGAGCACCACCCACGCUCGCAGUGGGAGAUGCUACAUAUGACAGAGGCUCUUCAUCUCAGGGACACAACAAUGCAAUAGAUCAAGCUGCUGCUCGUACGGAAAUGUGGAAUGAUUUCAUGCAGCUAAUGAACACCAAGAUAGAUGCUAUCAUGAAGAAUGUGAUGGAAAACAAAGAUGGCCACCCAUCUACCUCCGACGUUUAUAAAAUAGUGCAGCUAACAAUACCAGAUGUUGUUCGUCAUUUUUCGCAAAUUGUAGCUGGGCCAGAAAUGGUUGCAGCUGCAAAAACCUUUGACCCUUCGGGGUUGCCAAUGCAGCUAAAUGUGUUCUACACAGCUCAAGGAUCGAGCCGCGAAAGCUUUGAAAUCGAUGGCGACGCAAUGGAUGCUAGCACCCGUCUUGCAAAAGAUGCAAUGACUAAGGAGCAACGAGCUUGGAUUAGGAACAUGUACAAAAAGAGCAAUCAGCACCCUGAAAUGGUUGCUCUGAGAGAGAGCAUGGAGCAAUACAGAGCAGCAACGGGCUUCGUACGUGUGUCGGACUACUCGAGAAUGGUGAAGCUUUUCUCACAAAAUUGCAUUUCUGCGGCUGAAGAAACGAACGGCCCAGGAAAGGUCCGUCGUGUUACCCUGAAAAAGAAGAAAAAGGCAAAAGUAUUGCAAAAGAAGAAGAUGAAAGGGCCAAGGUAUCGCCCCCCAAAAAAGGAAAAGUGCCAAGAUGCAGAAAACAACUUAGCAGAAAGCUCCGGUGCAUGCGUCAGCUGCGGCAGGCUGCCGCCUAAGGUCGACACCGAAAGUGUGGUCUCCUGGCUCAACUCCCGGGAAGCAGCACCCUUUUUAUCGGAGGAAGCCGAUUUAUCGGGAAUGGGUCAUGCGGCUUAUGCAAGAAUAUUUGAGAAGUGCGUGCGGAACCCUGAGAUGAUUGCUACCAUGAACAGCGCGGCGAGGAAAUGGGGAUGUUCCGGCAUAAACAUGAUCAGCUUACUUAAGGACGACACGGUUGGUUUAGCAAUGGCGCAACUGAUGGUCCCGGAUAUCUGGGAAUAUCUCCUCGAUCAGCAGUUGCACGGGACAGCCUGGAUGGCUGGUGUGGAGCAGGGCGCGGGUGUGCCACCGGCCGAUCGUACUGCCCAAGAAUGUGAGGACAUCUCCGAUAUGCUGGAGGAAUUAUCGCUGUCGCCGUCCGUGGAGCAGGACCUUGCUGCUGAUGCGAUCAGUCCACAACGUAGCUCAGCUCAGGGGACAAAAGAUUAG